AGAUUAUUUAACAUUUUUAUUUAAAAUUAAACACAAAUAGUACUUGAUAAAAACUUACUACACGAUAUAUGAUGAAUGAUUAAAAUAUAAGAAUUCUUAGAAUUUCCACCAAACAGAACCAGAGAUCAUCAUCCUCUUUCCUUUUCUUCCGUUUGAAUGCACAUCGUUACUGCGCUGAAACUACCUGCACGAUUUCGUCUUUAUAUUUUUUAUGGUUUUUUUUGUUUGUUUGCCCUUUUGAUGAUUUCUUGGAAAGUUGCGUAUAUUUUACUGAAAGAUGCCUUACAGAAAAUGCUUUUGGACAAACUUUUCUUUUAAUUAAUCAUAUUUAAAAGAAAAUUUUAAAGUAGUAGCAGUACCAAUUAUCAAAUAUUUUUUUAAGUAUGUGAAAGUGACUAAACCUUGUCUAUCCAAUUUUUCAAUUUCUCCCUGGAGCCUUUGUAAUUUUGUGCACAUACCUAAUAAGGACUACAAUUUCAAUUUUUCUAUGGUAAACUUUGAUCUAUCUGAUCUAGAGAUAGAGUGAUGGAGUUGAUUGUGUUCAUUCAAGUUUUCAACAUCAUCGUCAUCGCCGUCGGGACUCUGUUUUACAUGUGCUGCAGAUCUUUAACAUUUUCUUCUUCGUCUUCGUCUUCUGCGGCUGAUUCUGUUAUAGCUGAUUCUGCUAUAGUUGAUUCUGUUGUAGCUGAUUAUGCUGCUGAUUCUACUAUAGUUGAUCUUGCUGCUGAUUCUGCUGGAGCUGAUUAUGCUACUGAUUCUGCUGUAGCUGAUUCCGUUGGAGCUGAUUCUUCUGUAGUUGAUUAUGCUACUGAUUCUGUUGUAGUUGAUUAUGCUACUGAUUCUGCUGUAGCUGAUUCCGUUGGAGCUGAUUCUGUUGCUGAUUCUAUUGUAGCUGAUUCUGCUGUAGCUGAUUCUGUUGGAGUUGAUUCUUCUUUAGCUGAUGCUGAUAUCCCCCCAAGUCUUGAAAAGUAUGAUGUGUUUAUCAGCUUCAGAGGAAUGGAUACCCGUAAUAUUUUUACCUGCCAUCUUUAUCAAGCCUUAGUUGAGAAGAAAAUUGUAACGUACAUAGAUAACAGACUUCAGAGAGGAGAAGAAAUCGGACCUGCUCUUCUGAAGGCAAUCGAGAAAUCCAAGUUUUGGGUGAUCAUUUUCUCAAAAAACUAUGCUACUUCCGCAUGGUGUUUGGAUGAGCUUGUGCGUAUAAUCGAAUGCAACGAAAAAAGAGGAGGCGAUUUCGUGAUACCCAUUUUUUACCACACCAAUCCAUCGGAUGUACGAGAACAACAGGGGAGUUAUGAGACUGCAUUGGCUCAACACCAAAGUAUCGACAAGGUGAAAGAGUGGAAAGAGGCUUUGACGAAGGCAGCCAAUAGAUCUGGGUUUCCUCAUCCAAAAAAUGCUGGGACGGAUGCCGAUUUAGUAAAGAAUGUUGUGAAGGGUAUUUGGACUAAAUUGUGUUGCGAAUCAUCCUGCGAUUUAAAGGGCCUUGUUGGAAUUAAAAGCCGCAUCGAGCAGAUCGAAUUGCUAUUAGGCAUUGAUUCACCAGAUGAUUGCAUCACUGUAGGUAUAUGGGGCAUGGGUGGUAUUGGCAAGACCACCCUUGCUAAAACUAUAUUUCACAAACUCUCUUCGAAAUUCGAAGGUUCUUGUUUUCUUAGAGAUGUGACGGAGAGAGAACAAAAAGAAGGGCUAGAUCACUUGGAAAAAACACUUCUUAAGGAGAUAUUAAAGGAAGAAGAUCUAUCCAUAGGGUCAACUAUGGUUCGAGAAAGGCUCGGCAAAACAAAGGUCCUCAUUGUUCUAGAUGAUGUGAGUGAUUCAAAGCAAAUAGAACGUUUAGUUGGAAAUAGUCUUCAGUUUGGUAUUGGAAGUAGAAUCAUUAUCACAAGUAGAGAUAAGAGGACACUUAGGCAAACUGUUGAAGAGGAACAGAUCUAUGAGGUUAAGGGAUUAAAACUGAAUCACGCUCUUCAGCUCUUCUGUUCCCGUGCUUUCAGGAAUAACAGGCUUCCUAACAAAGAUUAUAAGGGGUUGGUAAAUAAGGCCGUGGAUUAUGCCGGACGUGUUCCUUUGGCUCUUAUAGAUCUGGGGUCCUCCUUCUCCAAUUGCAAGAGCAAACAAGACUGGGAAGAUGCAUUCAACAAAUUGAAAAAAUUUCCUUGUGAAAGUAUCCUAAAGGUGUUGGGAAUAAGUUAUAAUAGAUUGGAAGGAAUUGAGAAGGAGAUAUUUCUGGAUAUUGCAUGUUUUCAUAAAGGGUGGGUUGUGGAUAAGGUAGAACGAGCAUUACAUGUUCGUGGAUUCCUGUUUGGGAGUACCGGAAUUAGAAUUCUCAUUGAUAUGUCUCUCAUAUCAAUUGAUUCAAAAUGGAAAUGGGAACCAAUUGAGAUGCAAACAAUUGAGAUGCAAACAAUUGAGGUGCAAACAAUUGAGAUGCAUGAUUCGCUACAAGAAAUGGGAAGGGCAAUUGUUCAGAAACAAUAUUUUGAUUGUCCUGGUAAACGGAGUAGGUUGUUUACACAUGAGGAUGUCUAUGAUGUGUUGGAUGAUAACAAUGAAACUAGAGAUGUUAAAGCCAUAUUCGUUAAUUGGUCAAAGAUUCAGAAGAUUCAAGAGCUUCCAUUGGAACGUGCUGACUUCAAAGUAAUGUCUAAGCUACUAAUGCUAAUUGGGAAUAGUUUUCAAACGUAUGACUUGAAAUUCACUGCUUCUUUAGAUCUUCCCGAUUCUCUUCGUUAUCUUUACUGGUGGGGAUAUCCACUGGAAUCUUUGCCGUCAAACUUUUCUCCAAAAAGACUAGUUGAGCUUCAUAUGCCAUUUAGCAAAGUUGAGAAGCUUUGGACAGAAGAUCAGAGACUUGUGAACUUGAAAGUGAUCGAUUUGUGUUUCUCUUCAAAUCUAACUCAAGUUCCAAAUAUCUCUUCGAGUACAAAAAUUGUGGACAUAAAUCUCCAUGGUUGUGUAAGUUUGGUUGAAAUUACUUGGUCUUUUCAACAUCUCGACAAACUUACUCGUCUUGAUCUUGGAUGCUGCACCUGUCUCAAGGAUCUUCCAGUGAUGCCAGCAAAUAUUGAAUGCUUGAAUUUACGGGGUUGUGUUCGACUUGGAUUUUAGAAAAUUUAACAAGUGAUUCUCUGAAUCAGAAUAUUAAUGAAUUUAUAAUAUUUCAAGUGUGCUUAAUUAGAAAUUGAUUUUAAGGGAUUUAAAAAAGUUAUUGAAUUCGAGGAAAUUUGAGAAAUUUAUAGUGUAUUUUAAACAUUCUUAAAUUUCACA